CCUUCACAGAGUUGAAUUGUGUUCUUUGUAGAUUUCAGAGUUAUUUUUUCCCUAACAUUAUGGCACAAGAAUUGGAGUGUGCCCCUGAACUUGCUGUUGAUGAUUUUUACUUGUCAGCUCUUUUUGAAGAGGAAUACUGUGAUCAACAAGCCAUUCUCCCGGUUUCUGACUCCAAAUAUGCUGAGGAGUCAAUGAAGAUGUCAAUGGUGAAACUGGAAUCUGGUGAGUCCUCUCAAAGUUUCUGUGAGAUUUGUACUGAAAGAAAAGAAAUUUAUGAAUUUUAUAAAACUGAGAGUUGUGUUCACUCUUAUUGCCUUGAUUGUAUGAGCAAAUAUGUGGCUACAAAGCUUCAGGAUAAGGUUAUCACAGUGACUUGUCCUGGUUUGAACUGCAAAUCCAUCCUGGAAAUUGAUUUUUUUAGGCCUUUGCUUCCAAAGGAUGUGGUUGAAAUUUGGGAGGAGGCCAUUUGCGAAGAGAUGAUUGAUGUUUCACAGAGGUUUCACUGUCCAUUCAAGGAUUGUUCAGCCAUGUUGGUGAUUGAAAUUGAUGGAGAAGUUAUAACAAGUGCUGAAUGUCCUUUUUGUCACAGAUUGUUCUGUGCACAGUGUGAUGUUCCAUGGCAUUGUGGGAUGGAGUGUGGGGAGUAUCAGAGUCUCAACGCAGAUGAAAGAGGGAGGGAAGAUCUCAUGGUGAGAGAGCUGGCUAAGGAGAAGGAAUGGGCCAGAUGCCCCAAGUGCAAAUACUAUGUUGAAAGGACUGAAGGUUGCCGACAUAUGACUUGCAGGUGCAAGUUUGAGUUUUGCUAUGGAUGUAACACAGAGUGGAAUAUGAGUCAUAAUUUUUGCUUGAGACGGUAGCAGAUUAGUACAAGCCUGCAUAAAAAAGAAAAGGAUGAGUUUAUCUUAUACUGAUCAGCUAUUAUGAAAACACCAGACUUUGGCCAAGAAGUAUGUAAUAUGUGAGUAUAAUCUUAUGUAAUUACAAGAAUAAAAGAGAAAAAACCGAUUAAGAGUGUUAAUGUUUUUAUCUAUUAGCCCCUUUUUGUUUUGUACAUACAUUCAUUCUCCUGCUGUCUUUAUUUAUCUCCAUUGAAUCCCUAUUUCUUGUA